AACGGGUAUAAAAAUAUGAGGUAUAUUGAGCAUAGUUUUUUGAAUUUUGGCGAAAUUGUUGGAUUUUUUAGUAAAAACUUACGGCUUAUCGCGAGCGUUUAUGGCAAAAGGGCAUACAACAGUCUGAACACCAAGCGCAAUGCAAUAAACCCCGCGUGUCGGAUUGUCAGCAGUACCAGCAGCUCCAGGACCAGGCCUUGCCACUUGCCCCCGCCCAUCGCCACCAACUUAAGCCACGAGAGCACGGGCCAAUCCCGGACGAAAAAUGCUGGGCAAGCGGACGGGGUCGCGUCACAUAGCCGUCGUGCUGCUGAUGUGCCUCUUCUGGUACGUGAUCUCCUCCAGCAACAACGUGAUCGGCAAGAUGGUCCUGAACGAGUUCCCCUUCCCGAUGACCGUGACUCUGGUGCAGCUGUGCAGCAUCACGCUGUACAGCGGGCCCUUCUUCAACCUGUGGCGCAUCCGGAAGUACCAGGACAUACCCAGCUCCUACUACUACCGUCUGAUAGUGCCGCUGGCGCUGGGCAAGCUCCUGGCCUCCGUCACCUCCCACAUCUCCCUGUGGAAAGUGCCAGUUUCCUACGCGCACACGGUCAAAGCCACUAUGCCACUAUUCACCGUCGUCCUGACGCGCCUUUUUUUUGGCGAGAAACAGCCGACGCUCGUGUACCUGAGUCUGCUGCCCAUCAUCACGGGCGUGGGCAUAGCCACCGUCACGGAGAUCUCCUUUGACAUGAUGGGCCUUAUCAGCGCCCUCAUCUCCACAAUGGGCUUCUCCAUGCAAAACAUUUUCUCAAAGAAGGUGCUCAAGGACACCAACAUCCACCAUUUACGGCUGCUGCAUUUGCUCGGCAAGCUGUCGCUCUUCAUCUUCCUCCCCCUCUGGCUUUACAUGGACAGCUUUGCUGUAUUCCGCCACACGGCCAUUAAAAACCUCGACUACCGGGUUAUUGCCCUGCUUUUCGCCGACGGUGUCUUAAACUGGCUUCAGAACAUCAUCGCCUUCAGCGUCUUGUCUCUGGUGACUCCGCUCACCUAUGCGGUGGCCAGCGCAUCGAAGCGGAUAUUUGUGAUCGCAGUAUCGCUCCUAAUCCUGGGCAAUCCAGUCACGUGGGUCAAUUGCCUAGGCAUGACGGUGGCCAUUGUGGGCGUGCUCUGCUACAAUCGCGCCAAACAGAUCACGCGGGGUCGCGAACAGCCGACACUGCCGCUGUCGCAGACCAGCCAUGUGAAGUACUUGCCGCUGGAGCAGCAGACGGAUCCCUAUUACCGGGGAUCGGUCAACGGGAAGCUGUCCAACGGGUUGCACCGAACGCCCGGAAACAGUCUGCUGGCGAACGGCAGCGGAAUGCCGAGCGGGACGGCAACGCGGCUACUAUUUGUCUAGUUUGUAGUUAGUGAAUAUAUCCAAUAAGCGGGUUAGCUGGAUAGUAUUAACCUGUGACGACCACCAUCCAAAUCCCGACUCCCUUCUCUCUUAUAUAUAUGUAUAUAUUGAAUACGUUUGAGACGCAACUCUAAAAUUAAUAAUUUGAACGAAGCAUAAACAUUUAAUUCUCAAUCGAAUUUAAAGGAAGCGGCUUUGUUGUUUCAAAAUAUUUCCCUUUAAAAACAACCAGACAAGAUUACAACCGACUUUUGAAAGAUUUAGUUCGCUAUUAUAUCAUUGAAUGAAAUUAAGAAAACACGACGUAGAUGGUGCUUAAACAAUACGGCUAAUGAUUAGUAGUUAAUGUAAAGGGACUGAAGGAGUGUCUUAAUUCCAAUAUAUUGUAGCUCUACAUGUUUCUCAAAUUUUCAAUUUCAAUCUCGAUAUGAGAGAAAUCGACACAUUCUUCCGCAAGGUGUAUAAAAUGCGUAACCAUAUGACACUCUUUAGUUAAUCAACUCGAAAAUGUAAAGUUUGGAUGUUGGGCCGAUUGAGUCAAAAGUGCGUAAUAUAUGUAUGUGUGUAUACUUAGAAUGCAAAGCAAUGCUGUAAAUUAAAUGUAUUUUUGAUAUUGUUUUGAAGGCGAGCCGAGUGUGUAAAUAAAUAGUUCGAGUCCCCGAUUUCCAUAUCCCCUCCCGCCCGCUAGUUUCGAAUUUGUUUUUGAAUUUGAUUAAGCCGUAAAGUGUAUUCAGAAAGCGUGAGCGCAUGUUAAAUGCCAAAAUAAAAUUGUUGACCAUGUACAUAGGCAUAGCAAAUGCAAA